AUGCUUUCCAAGGCUUACACCGUUGCUCUGCUGGUAGCAGUCCUUGGUGGAUCUGCCGAGGCCGGUCAUGUCCGCCGCGGUGGGCACAUUCACAGGAAACGCGCCGACAUCUGCGGCACCAGAGGCUACGACUUUGACCAGGGAAACUACUUUUACGACAGCGGAGGGAAGCUCAACUCAUACGCGGCAUGCUCGGCCAAGUGCGCCGGAGACCCUCAGUGCCUCAGCUUCGCAUACGGCAAGAAGACGUGCAUGCUCUUCAACAUCCCCCUGGAUGGCAACUUCGGCGCAGAUGACAGCAGCUCGGACGUUUACUACGACCGGGGCUGCAUCUCUGCUCCGGCGAAGGGGAACAACCCGACCACGACGACCACGACGACCACAAGCAAGUCUUCGACCACGACAGUGACCAAAGCCAGCAGCAGCACGCCCACGUCUCCGGCCGCUGCCGCCGCCGCGCCCAGCAACACGCCCAAGUCCUCGUCUUCCUCCACGUCCAACACGGCCGCCGUGGCAACAGUCCCGUCCGCGGCCGUGGGAGCUGCCUCGACGCCAAGCACGACGACCUCGGCGGCGCCGGACUUCCCGACGGCCAACCCCUACGAGUCCAAGGGCUGCCCGAUGCCCAAGGCCAUCGCCAUCGCGGAGCUCAGGUCCAGCACCGACUCGAGGACGGGCACGACCAGCCUCGCCUCGGUCAAGAUCCAGUACGGCAACGGCACCUUCACGUGCCCGGGGGCGGGCCGCUGCGCGAGCUCGGCCGGGUCCUUCAGCUGCCGGUGCGACUCGUCCAACCUGCUCAACGUGAACUCGGACGGGCGCAGCUGGAUCCAGGUGCAGGAGUGGUACUGGUGCGACGCGCAGGAGCAGCGGCCCAACAAGGCGUACCAGACCCUCGCCCUCACGCUCAACUUCACCAUGCUGGCCGACUACGUCUCGUGCAGCACGGCCGGGGCCAACACCACGUGCACCCAGUCCAGGCCCCUGCUCGCGCCCGUCGGGGGGUACGGCGGCGGCGGCACCCCCGCCUUCAACCCCAUGGAUGUCAACGGCAAUGACCUGCCCAACUGCCCGGUCCGGCCUGGCCACUCGCAGAUCGUGACUGACACGGCUGCUUGCGCGACGCCGACGGCGAAGGCUUAG